AUGAAAAAAUGGCAGGUCGCGAACGGCACGUGGGCCCAGAAAAAUAAUUAUUCUUCCCACGAACAUUGUCCUUCUGUUACUCCUUCUCUUGCUGCUCUUCCUGCUGCUGCUCCUCUUGCAGCUCUUCCUACUACUACUGCUCCUCAUCUUCCUGAUCCCCAUCUUGCUGCUCCUCCUCUUGCUGCUCAUCCUCUUCCUGCUUCUGCUCCUCCUCUUGAUGCUCCUCUUUCCGUUCCUCCUCCUGCUCCUUCUCUUACUGCUCCUCCUCUAGCUGCUCCUCCUGCUGCGCCUCCUCUUGCUGCUCCUCCUCUUGCUGCUCCUCCUCCUGCUUCACCUCCUCUUGGUGCUCCUCUUUCUGCAGAGGAGGAGCAGCAGGAAGAGGAGCAGGAACAGGUCGAGCAGCAGGAGGAGCAGGAAGAGGAGGAGAAGCAGGAUGAGCAGGAAGAGGAGGGGCAGCAGAAGAAGGAGCAGCAUUAUGAGGAGCAGCAAGAGAAGGUGUAG